CCCCGCGGGAGACCUACCAAACGUACCGGCAAUGAGCCCCCACACACACACCGCACACACACAGCCGGCUGAAAGACGGGAACGAGGGCGAAACGCCGAGAACCCGGCCCUCCGCUGCCUCCACACUCACUCCGUCCUCGCCCGCUCGCGCGGCUGCUCCUCCUCCUCCCAGCCCGAUCCGGAUCAGGGUUAACAACAAAAAUGGCGGCUCAGCCAGCACCAGAUAAGGAGGAACAGCCCCCCCCCCUCCGCGCCGCCGCCACCGCCCCCCGCCCGCGCUGCGGCCCGGCCCGAAACGAAAAGACAAUUUACCCAUCACUGAGUCUCUGCUGUUUCCUCGCAUACAUUACCAUCAAUGCCCGGCCUGUGAGUGUGUGUCGGGGGAGGGGGAGAGCGGCCGCGAGAGGCGGGCGGGCGGGCGCGCAGGCGGCGGGCGGGCGGCAGCACCGGCACCAGGGCCCGACGCGCCCUCGGCGACUCUCAGCACCUCCCCGUUACUGGCGCCGGCGUUCCCGGGCCAUCUCCCUCCGCCGCCACCACGCUCACUCUCAGCCCAGGCAGCCGCGCCAACUACACGGCGGCAGCGGCGAACGGGGGGAGGGGGGCAAGAAGACGCGUCCGGCUCUGCCCCGCGGAGAGCUACUGCCUCCUCCGCCUUCUCUUCCUCCUGCUCCUCCGUCUCCUCCCCUCCUCCCCCCGUCGCCGCCGCUGCCUGGUCCUUCGCCGCCGCCUCCUGCUGCCGCCGCCGCCGCCGCUGGUGCCGCCGCUGCCGCUCCACCAACUACAUCCGGGCAACUCGGACGCCGCGGCCUUCGGAAAACCUCGGCAGUUUCCGCCGCGCCCCUCCUCUCCCACCCUCUGCCUUCCUCCCCGCCCCGCGCGGCUCCGGAACGCCGCCUUCGGCAAACCUCGGCUCGGCCCGGCCUUCCUCUUCCUCUGAGGCCUGGCUCGCCUCCUCGCGACCCGUCAGCUCUUUCCGGUUGUCGCUUCUUUUCCUCACGCCCAAGUCCGGCCGCUGCCGUUCCAGUUUAGGGAUAGUCCCGUUCGGGGACCUGCUCGAGGCUGGUCCCGGAGGCUCCGGGGUGCGCGGGGUGGGAGCCACCUUCGGGAGGAGGACGGUGGGGCGCGAGAGGAGCCAUCGCGGACUAAAUAAAGGAGGCUGCGGCUGCUGCGCGUGCGCCCGGAGGCGCGGGGGUGGGAGGGUGCCCUUGGGUGAGCUCUCCGGCCGCCCGCCCCCGCCCCUCGGGGCUCCGGCGGGGUGGUCGGAAACCCCGGGUUAGGCGGCUGGCGGGCGUUUACCAAGGCGCUUCCUCGGCCCGCAGCGACGGCAGCUGCGCUCGGAGAGGUGGGGAGCGCGCCGCUGCUCCGUGCGGCCCGCUCCUGGGAGCCGGAGCCCGGGCCUGGGCACUUGCCUCAGACCGGCCGCCGAGUGCGCGGCCGGCCUUCGGGGGGCCGGGGCCGCCUGGAGCUCGCCCGUUAGAAUCCCUCCAACUUGCUGAAGUCCUUUGGUGAAGGAGCGCUCAUUCCGUCGGACGUUCUGCAUGUGAAUAAAGGCACCGGGUGUGCUACAGGAAGCUGAGACGAAUUGGAUUUUAUAGACUGCGGCAGGCACGAUACCGACAUUGGCAUAUUGGGAAGGGGAAAGUCAAGUAUAUCGCCCCAAAUUAAGCUUUACUGGAAGGGUGGCGGUUGAUACUUGGGUGGGGUUUACCCCCCUGCUCUAAAUUCCUUAUAAGGCAGCACUAAUUUAACGAAAAGAUUGUAAUAAAGUAAAUAUAUAUUUGCAUAGAAGAAAAAGGUAAAAGAGGAAACAAGCCAGAAGAGAUAAGAUCCCACCAAAAACCAGUAUCAAAAAGUAACCGAUUGACUUGGUAUCCCACAAGUUACGUUACUGCUGGGCCUAAUGAAGAGAAGGUAUGAUGUGGGGAAGAGGCCCUGAAAUCACAAUUGACAGAAAUGUUUAAGUAGCGUGGUUUGUCACAUCCACCUGCCAGAUGUUAGGAUAAUUGACUGCUGUUUUCGAGAACCAGUAAAAGCCUACUUAAUGCCCCCAUGGGCUAUCAGUAAUUAAAAAGACUGCCAAUGACUGAAAUGGGGAAAAAAUUAAAAACCUAGAGUUAUGUGCAA